AUGCGGCGAGCAGAUCGCCACGGAGACUGGUUAUCGGGUGCGAGCCGCAAUCCCAGCGCGUCCACCGGAGUUUGGAGCUCGGGCGACUCGAGCGAACCCAAGGGUUUCUUCCUGGACCCGGCUCUCUUCCACUUCCUCCUGGCGAGUGGCUGCUCGGCGGAGAGCGAGGCGAGGACCACGGGCGGGGACUGGACGGGGCUCGGAGCCGGCGCCAGCGCCGCGUUCAGCAGCGAGUCCCCCGUCGCCUCCGCCGCAUCCUCCGGUCCCUUGUUCGAAUACGACGCUUCCUCCAGCCUCUCUUUCUCCGCCCUCUCCCGCUCCACCUUCGCCGCGUGCCUCUCCCUGAGAGCCUGCACGCCCCCCAGGCGCUUCAGCGACUCGAACUGCUCCCUCGCCCUCCUUCGUUUCUUCUCCGUCCGGGUCUCCCGCGCCCUCAUCGUCGCCCGUCUCUUCGCUUCCACAGCCUCCGCUUUGGCCUCCGCGGACAGCUGGAUCUCCGCGGCGGCUUCGUUGUUCACCGCCUCGACGAUGCAUUGA